ACUGUAAACUGAUAACCGUUCAUCACGCAUCAUGGUCUUAACAACAUGUGGACCUAUUGCGCCAUUAUCAAGCGCCCUUAAAGUAUCUGCUCUCAAAGUGCCAGCGAUAUCCUGUCUUCAUAUCUCCCACCUCAUCGACAGGAAUGUCUACUCCUUGGUGGUCGCGAUUUAGCAAGAAGCACAAAGGAGACCAUGCUUCCGAGUCACAGCUCAGCGAAAAAGAUCAGAGGAUUCAGAAGGAACCAAACAACGAUGACACCGACCUUAAUCCUGGAGAGCUGACUUUCGAAGAAGAUACCGCUGGAGGCCUGGGUCGUCACCUUGGUGUAACUUCUUGCACUCUCCUUAUCGUUGGACGGAUUAUCGGCACCGGUAUAUUCUCAACGCCGUCCUCCAUCCUCUCCGGCGUAGGCUCAGUCGGCGCCUCCCUCAUGCUCUGGGUCCUUGGUUUCUUGCUUAGCUUCUGUGGCCUCUUCAUAUGGCUCGAGUUCGGCACCAUGUUCCCUCGCAGCGGUGGAGAGAAGGUAUACCUCGAGGCCGUCUACAGAAAGCCCAAGUACCUAGCCACCGUAGUAUUCGCUACCAAUGCUAUAUUACUCGGAUUCACUGCAAGCGGUUGUAUCGUUUUUGCUAGCAAUAUCUUGGUUGCUGCCAAUCAAAUCGCAGGGCAAUGGAAUGAGCGUGGAAUUGCACUUGGAGUCAUCUUCUUCGUCACCCUUCUACACGGAUUGACCCCAAAGACCGGCGUACUGAUCAUGAAUUUGCUCUCGAUAUUCAAGAUCGUGAUUCUGGUCUUCGUCGUGGUCACAGGCUGGGUGGUUCUCUCUGGCAAAACCCGUGUCGCGGAUCCGCACUACAAUUUCAGAAACGCAUUCGCGGGGAGCUCUACGAGUAGCAACAACUAUGCUACCGCCACCUUCAAAGUCCUGAACGCAUAUGCUGGAUGGUCUAACGUGAACUACGUGAUGAACAACGUCCGUGAUCCAGUGAGGACGCUCAAGAUCGCAGGCCCGCUCGGUCUUGGUAUAUGCACCGUUUUGUACUUGCUUGCGAAUGUGGCUUAUUUCGCGGCUGCAACCAAGACGGAGAUCGAUGACUCUGGCGUUACUGUCGCUGCCUUGUUUUUCGGUAAUGUCUUUGGUUCCACUGCGGAGCGUGCGCUAGCGGUUUUCAUUGCUCUGAGUGCUCUUGGAAACGUCAUUACUGUGACUUUUGCCGCGUCACGAGUAAACCAAGAGCUCGCGAAGGAAGGGAUACCGUUACCAUUCGGAAACAAAUUCUGGGCUUCAAAUUGGCCCACAGGGAAGUCCCCACUUCCGGGAUUGAUCAUUCACUUGAUACCCUCUAUCAUCGUCAUCAUUGCGCCUCCCCCAAAUGUCGCUUACCCCUUCAUUUUGGACGUCGAAGGAUACCCACAGCAGAUUAUUAAUUUCUUCAUUGUUAUCGGUCUGUUCUAUCUGAGAUGGAAGAAGCCAGAUGCUGUUCGGCCAUUCAAGGUUUGGUGGCCUCUUGCUGUAUUCUUUUUGGCUGCUGCUGCCUUCCUCCUCAUCGCUCCCUUCCUGAGACCAGCCAACGGCGUUGGCGACACCCCGCCAUUACCAUAUUACCUGUACUGUCUCGUCGGAAUUGCCAUCAUGUUCGCAGGCGUGCUGUACUGGGCUGUAUGGCGAAUCAUUUUGCCCAAAGUAUUUGGAUAUGAGCUUGUGGCGAGGAAGGAGAAGUUAGAUGAUGGGACUGUUGUCGCUGUAUUUUCGAAUCAGAAGAUCCAGCGAUUUGAGGAUUGAUUGGAAGUGCGCUCUGUUGUAGUAGUAGUGUUCGACGGCAAUGCGCAGAUGAUGUAUGCGCGCGGCAUCAUAUUACUAGUCUAAUUCUGAAUCCUUGAUCGGCUCUGUUUCCUUCCCAGUGCCGACGUGACUCUUCCGAAACCUCUGCCUGCAUUCUGAUGAUCUGGCCAG